AUGUUGUUACCUUACAUACCCAUAACAUUGUUGUUAUCCACGCUAGUGAGCGCUGUCGAUUUAGAUUUGACUGAUAACGACUCUAUCUGUGCUGCUGCAAAGGCAAUAAUGGACGGUGAACUAAACUACUACGAAGGAACCAAGUACGGUGGAGCUGUUGGAAUGUUCCUGAGUCCAUACUAUUGGUGGGAAGCUGGUGAAGCAUUUGGAGGGAUCUUAAAUUACUAUGUAAAUUGUGAUUCAUCUAAUACCACGUUGAAGGAGUUAAUUUACAACGCCAUGUACCAUCAAUCGGGAGAUGAUCACGACUACAUGCCUUCGAAUCAAACUUUUACAGAAGGUAAUGAUGAUCAAGGUGUUUGGGGGUUAACCUCUAUGUUGGCUGUGGAAUUAAACUUCACCGAUCCAACCGAGGCCAGUUGGUUAUCAAUGACCCAGGCUAUCUACAACGAAAUGUUAUCAAGAUGGGAUACUACUUACUGCGCUGGUGGUAUGAGAUGGCAAAUUUUCACGUGGAAUUCAGGUUACACUUAUAAGAAUACCAUUGCAAAUGGAUGUUUGUUCAACAUUGCUGCCAGAUUAGGAAGAUAUUUGGACAAUGAUACUUAUAUAGAAACUGCUGAAAAAGUUUGGGACUGGAUGGAAGAUAUCGGAUUUAUCAGUGAGUCUGAUGGUGAAUUGGUUAUUUAUGAUGGUGCAGAUAUCAGUACCAAUUGUACAUCAUUGACUACUACUAAAUGGUCGUAUACAUACGGUAUAAUGAUUCAAGGUUGUGCCUUUUUGUAUAACCAGACAGGUGAUUCGACAUGGGAAACCAGAGCGCAGCAAAUUUGGACUGCAGGUGCUUAUUUCUUCAAUGAUACUAUCAUGUAUGAGACUGCGUGCCAAACCAACUACAAAUGUAAUACCGAUCAAAGGUCAUUUAGAUCAUUGUUUGCAAGAUCUUUAGCUUCAGCUGCUUUGUUCGUACCCUCUAUUUCUAGUGAGAUAGAAACCAAUGUCAAAGCCAGUGCAGCAGGUGCAGCUCAGUCAUGUUCUGGUGGUUCCGAUGGUGUUACUUGUGGUAUCAAUUGGUCGUAUAAUGGAUGGGAUGGUUGGUAUGGAUUGGGUGAACAAAUGUCAGCAUUGGAAAUCAUAUUGGCCCUUUUCGCAUUUGAUGGCGAGAUGGCAUUGCCUUAUACGGCAACUAAUGGUGGUUCUUCGACUAGUAACACGGAAGCAGGAACUGACUCGACUACAACAACCAAUUCUAACUUGAUAACAAUCGGUACAAAGGAUAAGGCCGGUGCAGGUAUUCUCACUGCGGUUGUUUUAAUUGCAAUAGUAGGCGGUUCUAUCUGGAUGGUUUUGUAG